UGACAGGAUGUUCACUUUUUGUAUGUAUUCUGUGGUAACCAAUCAGAUCCAUUUGACUGGUUUGACACAUGAGCUUCAUUUCCUUCACUUGCUGAUGAACCAACACAUUAUCAAAGAAGAGACCGAGUCAAGAUGAAGCUGUUUUGGGUUACUCUGCUUCUUUUUCAGCGAGGAUGCACACAUGUUCCAGUGACCACGGUUCAACUCGGUGAACCUGCGACCUUAAAAUGUGCUCUGCCCAAAAUCGAGAUCAGCCACCGAGAACUGAGCUGGUACAAGCAGAGCAACGGGGAUACUCUGACGUUAAUGGUGACUGUGCGGAAAGCUAUAAAACCCAUCUUCUCACCAGAGUUCUCAGAGUCAAGAUUUGAGGUCAAAUAUGACCACGACUCCAACAACCUGACCAUCCUGAGAACGAGUGAAGAGGACGAGGGAAUGUAUCACUGUGCGGUCACUGAGUGGAUCAGCAAAACUGAAUGGAGCGGAACUUAUUUGGUCGUCAAAGGAAACACUGAGAGGACAACAGAGCUGAGAGUCGUUCAGGAGCCGACAGUCUCUGAUCAGCUCCGUCCAGGAGACUUGAUGUCUCUGCAGUGUUCAGUCCUCUCUGACCCGGACAGUAAAACGUGUCCCGGAGGUCACAGCGUGUUGUGGUUCAGAGCCGGAUCACAUGAAUCUCGUCCAGACAUCAUCUACACUGCUGGAAACAGACGUGAUGGAUGUGAGGAGAGAUCUGCCUCUCAGAAAAGCUGUGUUCAUCACUUCUCUAAGAACAUCAGCUCCUCUGAUGCUGGGACUUACUACUGUGCUGUGGACACAUGUGGACGCCUUUUAUUUGGAGAUGGGACCAAAGUGGACGUUGAAGAUAACAGUAUCAGGAAGUUUUCACUGAAGGAAACCACAGUUACUUUUCUGCUCUGUGCUGCCUUGGCCCUCACGCUCAUCGUUAUAGCCUUCCUUAUUCAUGCCAUCAAGACAAACACACAACGGUAA